CGUGGUUCCCCACCCCCAGGGCUUCCUAAAGAGGGCCACGAGCUGCGAAAGCGCCGGAAAGGCGGUUGGACAGGGAGAGGCGAGCGGUUACUCACUCCAUGACUGCGGCAGGAAGAGGCAGCGGUGGCCUCAGCUGCAGAAAAAAGAAAUCUUCCCAAGGUUGCAGGCACCAACCGAUUUGCUUUCGGAGCCGGAGUAGCUGCCGCCAUCAGAGUCUGGAGCCAUGAGCGAGUUUUAUUUUGAAGGCACUGGGGUCGCUACAGGCGGGUUCACGUUUGGCACCGCGAAGACAGCAACAACCACAGCUGCCACGGGGUUUUCUUUCUCCACCUCUGGCACCGGAGGGUUUAAUUUUGGGGCUCCCUCCCAACCAGCCGCAAGUACGCCUUCCACCAGCCUGUUCUCACUUGCCACCCAGACUCCGGCCACACAGACGCCGGGCUUUAGUUUUGGAACAGCAACUCCUGCUUCGGGGGGAACUGGAUUUUCUUUGUGGACCGGUGUUUCAAAGCUAAACCUGAGCAAUGCAGCUGCCACCCCAGCCAUGGCAAACCCCAGUGGCUUUGGGCUGGGCAGCGGCAGCCUCACUAAUGCCAUGCCGAGCACUGCCACCUCCAGCCAGGGCACAGCACCCACUGGCUUUGUGUUUGGCCCCUCCACCACCUCAGUGGCUCCAGCCACCACAUCCGGAGGGUUCUUGUUCACUGGUGGAAGCACGGCCCAAACCUCUGGUUUCAACAUUGGCUCAGUGGGGAAUUCAGCCCAGCCCACGGCACCUGCCAGGUUGUCCUUCACUCCGGCCACGCCAGCAGCCACCACAGCAGGCGCCACUCAGCCAGCUGUGCCCACACCGACUGGCACCACCACCAGUGCUGGGCCCACCCUCUUCGCCUCAAUAGCAACCAUUCCAACCUCGUCCGCCACCACCGGCCUCUCCCUCUGUACCCUUGCGACCACAGCAGGAGCCCCUGCUACUGGGACACUGGGCUUCAUCUUAAAGGCACCUGGAGCAGCUUCCGGCACCUCCACAACAACAUCCACUGCUGCCACCACCACCACCAGUAGCACCAGCAGCAGCAGCAGCACCGGCAGCACCGGCUUUGCCUUGAAUUUAAAACCACUGGUGCCAGCCGGGAUCUCCAGCAAUACGGCAGCCGCCAUGACUGCUCCACCUGGACCUGGUGCCCCCGCAGGGGUGGCCACCACCUCUGCCAUGACCUACGCACAGCUAGAGAGCCUGAUCAACAAAUGGAGCCUGGCGCUGAAGGACCAGGAGUGGCACUUCUUCCAGCUGGCCACCCAGGUCAACGCCUGGGACCGCACGCUGAUUGAGAACAGGGAGAAGAUCACCAGACUGCACCAAGAGGUGGAGAAGGUGAAGCUGGACCAGAAGAGGCUGGACCAGGAGCUCGACUUCAUCCUGUCCCAGCAGAAGGAGCUGGAAGACCUGCUGAGCCCUCUGGAGGAGCUGGUCAAGGAGCAAAGCGGGACCAUCUACCUGCAGGACGCGGACAAGGAGUGCGAGAAGACCUACGAGCUGGCUGAGAACAUGGGCGCGCAGCUGAAGCUCAUGGCCCAGGACCUCAAGGCCAUCAUCGAGCACCUGAACACAUCUGGGUCCCCUGCCGACACCAGCGACCUGCUGCAGGAGAUCUGCAAGCUCCUCAACGCGCACAUGGACUCACUGCAGUGGAUCAACCAGAACUCCGCCCUGCUGCAGAGGAAGGUGGAGGAGGUGAUCAAGGUGUGUGAGGCCCGGCGCAAGGAGCAGGAGCGCAGCUUCCGCAACACCUUUAACUGAGCCACCGCGGGUCCCCAGGGAGUUCCACCGAGGGAGGGAGGGUGUGCCCUGUUGUCUAGUGUGGGGUUACAGCAGCAUACUUGUUUCUUGCUUUCCUUCACGUGACUGUGCCCUUGAGACAGUUGCUAUGUGCUUUGACUUUCUCCACUUAGGAAGUAUUCUGAGCCCUCUGCCCAGGCAACAGCCUCAUGGGUGUGGUUUCUGUGGCUUUCAUUUCAGUGUCUUUGGCCCCUUUUCACCCACGGCAAACACCCACCUCAUCCUGCCUCAGCCAGGUACUGGAGAAGGGCUGAUGGUCUUGGGCCCAGCCAGGGUCAGGUGGGCAGCUGCUCCAUCCAAAGCAUAGUCACAGG